GGCGCUGUGGGCUGCUGAGUGCCAGGGAGCUGCUGCGAUGUCCGGGAAGACGACUCUCAGCAUGGCGGUUGGUAUUUUUCACUUCACACUCUGCUUCUCAGCCCAGCGUUUUUUCAGCAUCUCAGUAGCGGUACUUUCUGACUAAACCCCCAGCCGGCUGCUGCCUUGAGAGGGCGGCGAAGGCUCAGAGCUCCGGUGGCUGUUUCUUUCGUAUGUCGUGACUUGUGAACCCGUUUGGCUGUAAGUCACUGCCCAAUUUUCCAAGAUGACACUCCUCUGACUCUGUGACCUGGUGUCUGGUGCCUGGUGACGUGACGUGAUGCCACUUUUAACACCAAGCUCUCGCAAUCUCCCGAUCUGGACUUGACCUGGCAUAUCUCAUCAGCAGCUUGAAAAUGGAGCAAUGAUGGAAACUUCUUAAUUCAGCCAUUUUUACUUGACUUAAAGAAAAACUAAAAUCAGCCUCUCUGAUCUCAACACACAUUCUGCAACCAACAAUGGGUGAGGUGACAGUGAAACUGGAGGAGGUGGUGAUGAAACAGGAGGCCUCCUUGGACCCAUUACCAGAACCUCUGCUCAUCAUCUUGUCACCUCCUCCGGCUUUCCUGCCAGUACCUGGUGAGCCGACGAUGCUUUGGCCUAAAUGGCUCAAAGCUUUUGAACACUACUUGGAGGCGCUCGGUGAAAAAGAGCUGGUUGACUCCAGUAAGUGCAUGCUCUUACAGAACUGCCUUGGCCCAGAGGGGCAGCGUAUUUUCACGAUACUGAUCCCGAAUGAAACCACAUACAUCACAGCCAUAUCAGUGCUGACAGUUUACUUCAGCGGUGAUCACGCCAUUCAAAUGCACCGCCUUAAAUUCCACCAAAGGGUUCAGAUGCCUGGAGAGACACUGGAUGAGUUUGUCUCAGUGUUAGAAGAACUGCUGAGGCCAUGCAACUACGGAAACUUGAAGGACGAACUUUUAUUGGAUCACCUCAUCACCAAAACAAACUACCCACAACUCAGGGAGAGACUGCUGAUGGGGAGGGAAACUUUGACCUUGGCCACAGCUUUAGUUAUCGGUAAAGAGGUGGAAUCCGCUUUCAACAAAUCUCAGAUAUUUGACAUUCACGAGGUCAGCGUGGACAUUGGAGAUGAUUUAGAUCCCCCUGUUCAAAGAAAAGCCAAAAGAGGAAGACCUCGGCGCACUGAGAAACGGGCAAAAACAAACUCGCAGUCGACUAAAACACCAACAACGUUGCCGCGACACAAAGAUAACUACUACUACAGAACCAGUAAGCUGUGCUCUGGCGACACCAAUGAGGGGGAGAGUACGAGCGGGAAUACAGCGGCUUUGGAUACAGAGGGUGAUGGUGAUAAUGGAGCCUCAUCUUCAUCGCUGAGGAUAAAAGAGGACGGCUGCAACAAAGCUACUGACAGUACCGAUGAUGAGGAUGAUGAUGAUGGAGUCCUUUCUUUGACUCGACAAAAAGGCCCCUACUGUCCCAUCUGUAGCAGAUGUUUCAGAUAUGCACAUAAGCUGGCCAGACACAUGAGGACACACACAAAGGAGAAACCAUUCAUUUGCCCGAUCUGUGCCACGACCUUCAGCCAGUCAUACCAUAUGACCCGACACCUGAGGAAUCAGCAUGGAGCAGGCCAACACGUCUGCAGCACAUGCGGUGAAAGUUUAGGGAGCUAUGCGGAGUUGCAGAGUCACAAGAGGACGCACAAGUCACAAGUUUUGUCGUGUCCAGAUUGUAAUGAGAAAUUCACUAACAGCGAUGUGUUUUCUUGUCACAUAAAGUCACACAGUGAGAACCAAUCCAGCCAAACAGAGGCGCAAAGUUCUCAGCAAGCUGAUGGAAGUGAAGUGAAAAGUAAUGACGCUAAUGACGAUGCAAUCUCUGGUAAUGGUAAUUCUCCAGAAAAAGAAAUUAAUCUUGUGACAGAAGACAAGAACCCCAUUGAAGGUAAAUCCCAAGUUGGAGGCAGAAAGAAGGAAAAAGUCACAUGUAAGACUAAAACAAAAGGCCAUUUUUGUCCCAUCUGUGUCGGCAAGCGCUUCAGGGGGCCAAACAAACUCGCCAGACACAUGAGAACGCACACGAAAGAGAAACCAUUCACCUGCCCAGUUUGCGCUAUGACCUUCAGCCAGUCCUAUCACAUGACCCGACAUGCGAGGAACCAGCACUGCUUCAGCCAAUAUAUCUGCUCCAAAUGUGGAAAAAGCUAUGGCAGCUGGCUAGAACUGAAAGCACACAAGAAGACUCAUGCAAUUGAAGGCCUGACGUGUCUUGCAUGUGAUAAACAGUUCAAAGAGAAGGCUGCACUUGCAAGCCAUCUGAAGUUACAUAAGGAAGUCCAGUCCAGCCCCCGAAACCUCAUCUGCGGUGAUUGCGGCAAAGUAUUUGGCCGACUGUAUCAUCUGAAAAGGCACAUCGUCACCCAUCGAAAAGCAGGAAAUGGUGAGUGUUACAUGUGUCCUGACUGUCAGAAGACAUUUGCUUUUCCGGAAGACCUCAACAAACAUUUGGAGAUUCAUGUUAAAGAAAACAACGGGACUUGUCCAAAAUGUAAUGAAACUUUCAGUAGUCCAGAGGAGCUGGAGGCACACAUGGGGGUUCAUCAGAAGUCUUAUGCCUGCAGCACCUGUGGGAAGAAGUUUAAGGUUGAGUAUGCACUGAAGAAGCAUGAGCAAGGUCACCAAAAUGAACAAUAUUACUGCUCGCUGUGCCAAAAACGGUUUCUCAAACUCUCUCACUAUAAGAGGCACAUAAUGGUCCACGACAGACGGGAAUCUAGAUGUCCACAUUGUGACAGCGUUUUUCUACAGUUAACAGCUUUGAAGUAUCACCUGCGGACGCAUACCGAAGAAAGACCGUACCAGUGCACCUGCUGUAUUGAAACCUUUGAGGAGAAGGAAGAUCUAGAGCAGCAUUGCCUCAAACACAGAAAGUUCAAAAAGCAGAGGCCCUACUCAUGCACUCGGUGUGAUUAUGCUUUCUGCACGCUGGUGGAGCUGACAGAACACAUGAGCUCACAUGAGGGAGAGCCGCCGCUGACCUGUCCUGAUUGCGGCAGGACAUUCCUGAACAAGAACAAACUGGAAAAGCACCUGACCAUCCAUACUGGAGAGAGACCUCACCUCUGCUCUAUCUGCGGCAACGGCUUCCCCUCUGCUGCCAGCCUCAAGCUACACAUCAACAUCCACACUGUGUGUUGUUUCCUGUCAGGGCCAUCUGAGGGAGGAGAGUGUUCUUAUAUAACAGCGUGUGAAACCACACCUUCUGACCAGAGCUCAGUGCAAACCCGAGAUCAGCGCAGCUUGGAACACCAAGAGGCAGUCAUGGACUUUCUUCCUGUCUUUUCUUUAGAAACAUGGAUUCUACUAAUCAUGCUGAUCUACUUAUUUAUAAUGUAUGGCCAAUGGACUUUUGGAGUAUUUGAGAAGUUGGGGGUCCCAGGUCCCAAGCCUAUAAUGUACAUGGGGACAAUCACCAAGCAGAAUGAUGUUUACUACAUAGGGGACUGUGAAAAUGCUCAGAAGUAUGGGAGAAUAUGGGGUGUGUACGAGUUCAGGAAACCUAUGCUGGUUGUGGCAGAUCCUGACAUGCUGAGAACCAUCUUGGUGAAGGAGUGCUUCACCUAUUUUACCAACCGUAGAAACUUGCGUAUGAACGGAGAUCUCUAUGACUCAGUAAGUAUUGCUGAAGACAAUCAGUGGAGACGGAUUCGUAACAUCCUCACUCCCGCCUUCACUUCUGGUCGUAUAAAAGAGAUGUAUAGGAUCAUGAAACAUCACUCCCACAAGCUGACUGACAGCCUGCAGUCCAAGGCCCAAAAUGAAGAAAUCCUUACUUUAAAAGAUGUCUUUGGAGCUUACAGUAUGGAUGUGAUGGCGAGCUGUGCAUUUGGCAUAGACAUGGAUUCAAACACCAACCCUUCAAAUCCUCUCAUCACUAAUGCCUCAAAGCUGUUCAAAGUCCCCAUUUUUCUCUUCUUCCUCCAAGGAUUUUUUCCCUUUCUGCUUCCUCUCUAUGAGCUGCUGGGUGUCUCAAUUUUCCCCAAGUCCUCUACUGAUUUCUUUAAGAAGCUUGUGGAGAAGAUCACAGCAGAACGUAAUGGCAGCUCAGGGCAGAAAUCGGAAGACGUCCUUCAGUAUAUGAUCGACAGUCAGGCAACCAGUGAACGGACGAAAAAAAAACAUAAGAAGGGUCUAAGUGAUCAUGAGAUCGUUUCCCAAGCGACAAUGUUUAUGUUUGCUGGAUACGAGACAAGUGCCUCCACUCUCACUUUCUUAGCCUACAAUCUGGCAAGAAAUCCAGAAGUUAUGAAACAUCUGCAAAAGGAGAUAGAUUCUACUUUCCCGAAUAAGGGUCCGGUCCAAUAUGAAGCUCUGAUACAGAUGGAGUACCUCGACAGUGUGGUCAACGAGAGUCUGAGGCUCUACCCUCCAGCUGCACGUACAGACCGAGUCACUAAAGAAACUGUCAAGAUCAAUGGAAUCACAAUCCCAAAGGACAUGGCUGUGAUAAUUCCCAUCUACGCUUUGCAUCGAGACCAUGAGCUGUGGCCAGAGCCAGAGGACUUCAACCCUGACAGAUUCAGUCAAAAGAACAGGCAGAACAUCAACCCAUAUGCUUACCUGCCAUUCGGCACCGGGCCAAGGAACUGCUUGGGGAUGCGAUUUGCUCUGGUGAUGGUUAAACUGGCUUUAGUGGAAGUUUUACAGAACUACAGCUUCUCAAUCUGCAAGGAGACGGAGAUCCCUUUGCGGAUGAAUCCCGAAGGCCUGACUGCACCUAUUCGACCCAUCAAGCUAAAGCUGGUGAUGCAUUGCACCGAACCAUAAAGUGUGGACAACUAGAAGGUGUUCACAGAUGCAUUGAUCAAGGCUAAGAGGAAUUUCUGAAUUUCCUAUAUUAGCAACUGAAAUGCUAUUAAUAAGCUAAAUGCUAUACGUUUCUAGUUUUUAUUUGAAGCCUGCAAUCUGAUUCCAGUUAAAAUCGAGAGAACAUGGACAACAUGACUGGACUUAAUGUGUUUGUGUCAAUUGCACCAUGACUUCAAGGAUUUUGAAUUCUUUGAAUAUGAAAACAUGAAUCACUAUUAGGUAAUGAUGCAAAUAUCUUAUAAAUUCUGUGAAAAAUUGAAGACACUGAAAGAGCAAAGUUUUACAAAAUGUUCAACAUAGUGAGAAACAUAAGCUGUCCAGAAGACACAUAAAUUGUUUUGUAUGAUCAAUGAGGUAGUUAAAAUGCUUAUAUGUAGAUACAGGAAACUACAGCAAAAUGUACUGUGGAGUAGCACUUUCGAAUUAUAUUGAAACAAAGCAUAUGAUAUCUGUAUGCUUAAGAAAUGAACAAAAAGUAAGUUCUACAGGUAUUUAAAGCUGAAGACAACCCCUUGGGUGAUCAGAUGCUGUUUUGAAUUAAAAACUUUCUGUAUAAAAAGAAAUUCUCCAGAAGGCAACUGUGUUUACUUGGGGUUCUGUCUACUUACUAUGGGCUUUCUCUGCUUAUUAUUGGGCUUUAAAUGGCAGCCCUUUCCCUUCUGUGAUUUUGGCUCUUUACUUGGUUUUACUUAAACAGGGCUACUUCUACUACUGUUCUGAACCUCGUCUUCUGUAUUCUGCUUAAAGUUAGGGCUUUAUUAGUCAAAUAUGUAAAGAUGCAGUCUCAAGGCUGUGCAAAUAUCUUUUAUUUCUGCUAAAAGGGUGAAUUUAGAAAUUACAAUGGACUUCUCAGUUUAUAAGUAAUUCUAAAUUUCUCUCCACUCUACCGACUACUUCCGGCGAGGUCACAGUUAAUUAGUUUGUUUACCUGUGUUCAUUUAUUCACAGUAGUUUGUUCAUAGUAUUAGUUAAUGAAUCAUAAUAAAUAAUUUGGCAGAAAAGGGGAGACAGUGCAGCGGAAAUAUGGUCCAGUCCGUUGGGUGGCAGCAGUCACCGUUAGCCGCGUCCGACUGGUGGCUGUUUUCCGCCAGAAGAAGCAGGACAACAUUAGCUUGAAAGAUUGAGUGAGUGUUAAUAUAUACGUCAUUGGUUAAUACCAUUACAGAUCGGUGUUUCCAGGUGGGACCUUGUCUCCAUGCGGACGACACUUUGAAGUAACUUCGGUAAUGUUACCGGACUGAAUACUUGAAGUCUUAUUGUCCAGCUUUAAGGUGUCGUAAUGCUAAUGUUAGCCAAUACUCAGUGGUUAGCUAACAGCUAGCUAUCUAACGUCUUUGCUCAACUUUUGUGUUUUCCCAAUAAACAGGCAUGCUGUA